UUAACCAAAAUGGCUGCCGUGCCGGGAUACGAAUUGCCAUUUUGGCGCGUAAUUUACUAGUCGCUUUUCCGGAAUAAUUUGAACUGAUUCGUGUCGUCUUUUCGCAAGCUGUUACUAAAUAUCCGUUGACGUGUCAAUUAGUUAUUCAUAUCCGUUUCUCGGCAUAAUUAUACGUGUAUAUCUCCGUUCGAAUUGUCGAUGUACGGUCGCGUUUUUAACGUAUGACGAAGGGAAACGUCGCGAAUAUGGCACCGCGUUACGAGAAAGUAAUAUUAUGCCGCGGUGUGUCGGAAAAAAGUGACUCGCAAGAGGCCUAUGUGAAAACGUUGAAAACGGCAGGUUAUUUGUGCGACUGUUUACCUACUUUGUGUUUCGAAUUUGUGAAUAUAACGGAGCUGAAGUCGUGUCUUAUGUCACCAUCUUCAUACUAUGGACUGAUACUGACAAGCCGACGUGCAGCAGAGGCGAUUGGACUUUCAGCAAAGGAAGAUGAUAGCAUUUUACAUCCUUGGAGAACCUUGCCAGUAUACUGUGUAGGACCAGCAACCGAGUCUUUUGCCAAAAGUCACUUAGGUUCAGAAAACUGCUUCGGUAAAGAGACUGGCAAUGCCAAAGAAUUAGCAGAAUUGUUAAUGGUCUCUAUUGCAAAAAGAUCAAAGCCUUUAUUGUACCCUUGUAGUGAAAUAGGACGUGAGACAAUUGAAAAGAUUCUCAAUGAAAAUAACAUCAAAAUCCAUAAAAUAGUUGCUUACAGAACUUUGCCUACUGAAACUUUAGAGCGUGAUUUGUCAAAAUUCAUGGACGAUAGGUCCAAAAUAUUUGUUUUCUUUAGCCCAUCUACAGUAGAACAUGUAAUAGCUUUAUUGAAAGAAAAGUCUUAUAAUAUGAAUAACGUAAAAGCAGUUGCUAUUGGACCUGUGACUGGGCAAGCAUUACUUAAUGCUGGUCUUAAUAUUUUUGCUAUUGCAAACAAACCUGAUCCAAUGUCGUUGUUGAAUGCCAUUAGUGAUGCUGAGAAAAGUGAGAUUGAUGAAAAGAGUGAAUGAAGAGUGAAUGCUGUUAUUAUGUUAUGUAAGUACAUAAUUGUUAUUAAUCUAUUAAGACUACAUUUAAUUUGUUGAUAUUAUACUAUUAAGGAAAUAAAAAAUGAAAUGGUCGUUUUAUUCAUGGCUUGGAAUUACACAUCACAAGUGGAAUAAUGUGGUCUCAAUAGAUUAAGUUAUAUUUUUAUUUACGUUUGCCAUCUUUACAUAGUUUACAUAUUUAUUUCUGUGGAAUAUCUGUUACAAUAUUUAGCUGUUGAAUUCAACCAGUUUAUAGGUUGAUAGAUAAUAUUAGUAAACUUUAAUUUGAUUAUAACAAUAAAUAUAUAUCUUAUUUUAUUACACAUAUAGAUAAAAAAAUAAGAUUACUAUUUAUUUACAGUUUAAAGCUAUCUAAUUUUUAUGAAACACUGACUAUUCAUUGCUAUGUGAUACGUAUUAUAAU